GAGUUGAUUUUGGAAGAGGUGAGGAAGCAGGUGCAGCAGGCGAUGUCGGAUCGGGACGCGGAGGUGAAGGGUCUGAAGGAGCAGAAUGAAGAAUUGAAGCAGGCUUUGCAAUCUUCGGCGCAGCUGCUUAAUGAAGUGAUGGCGGCUGGGGGAUGUGGUGGAGGCGGCUCUCCUUCGUUGCAGGCCUCAAGGGAACCUCCCGGCUUAGAACUAGGAGGCAAUCCUCGUGGUGUUGAUCGAAGCCUUCAAGCCCCACUAGAGGCUCCUCCUGAUCAUGAUGUCAGUGCUCAGGUACCUGGUGGCAAUCCUUGGCUGAGGGGAAGGGCGGAGACCUCGACCCGCGUUGCAGCUGGGGGAUCAUCAGAUCGCCCCGGAGUUCGAGGAGGCAGUCCAAUAAGAGAGACGACAGCGAAGACUGGGAUUCCUCAAUUUGGACCUCUGGAGGACUCGGGAGUGCGAGAGGCCGGCGAGGGGGACCCAAGAUCCUCCUUGGAGCUACUGGUUCAAGGAAUGCGGCAGCUGCAGCAGGUCUACAUGGACAAGAAGAACGCUGGUGAGGCUGAGAACCUCAAGGGCGUCAAUGAGUUGGCCCCGCUUCCGGAGCUGACGGGCGACACGGGAGUGGAGUUCAGUGACUGGCUCUAUGUGUCGGAGCAGGCCAUUGGAGCGAUGUCGGACUCAGCAUCGUUAUGGUUUGAAAGAACUUUGGGGGCAGCCAGGGAUGCGUAUGCGCGCUACCAGAUGGCAAGCCCUCUGGAGAGAUUGGCUAUCACCCCGAGAGUGGCCCCGGAACUCAUGGAGCCAAGGUGGGUGAGGCUGGACCGUAAGGUGAUGACCUUAGUCCUGGCGGCAAUGCCCAAGAUGGUGAAGGAGGACGCCGUGACGCAUCGGGUGACCUCAGUGGCUAUGGCGCUCUACCGACUGCAUGUGUUGUACUCCCCAGGGGGAAUGGCUGAGCGCGCGGCUAUCUUGAAGCACCUGGAGGGCACCUCGGCUGGAGAGAACAUAUCGGAUGUGGUGGCGGCGCUUCGGAAGUGGAGGCGCUACUUGACGCGCUCGGAGGAGAUGCGCUUGACAGCUCCAGACCCUAGCAUACUUCUGAAGGGCGUGGAGACGAUCAUUGGCUCGUGUGUACAACGGCACUCGGAAAUGAGCUUCAGGUUGUCACUGGCCAGGAAUGAGCUGCAGUUGCAGAACCGCCCCACAACCGAGACGGUGAUGAAGUUUUACGACCAUGCCCUGGCCGAAAUGCAACAGGCGCUACCUGUACGAUGGGCGGCAAGACCGAGUGAACAACCGAGAAUGAAGGCCCUGGGUGCGGGAACAGGGGAAGCCUCUUCGAGCUCGAGCCCUACAGCCUCUCCGCAACGUGGACAAAAGGGGAAUGCAGCUUCAACGCCAUGCAAAUUCUUUGCCAGUGAUUCGGGAUGCCGGAGAGGACAGGCGUGUAAGUUCCAGCACGAAUUUGCCAGUCGAGAUGAAAGGCGAGCUCGGUGUUGGACUUGCGGGUCAAAGCAACACCGGCAAUCUGAGUGCCCGGUUCGUGAUGCAGCUAAGGCGGCCAAGGACAAGGGCAAUGGCGGGAACAAUGGACCAAAGGCGGCGGGGCCGUCGGCGGCGUCCCAACGGCUGGAAGCCAAGGCCACCGCUCCUACGCCCUCCACUACGGCUUCUUCUACACUGGCCACCUUGAGCUCUACGGCCAAUGCAGAGGGCGGGCAGAACGUGGUCCAGGCCGAGCCCGUGUUGAAUGCGUCGGGGGAUGCUGUGCAGUCUCCGGAGUUCCAGACGUUCAUGCGGGAAGUGAACACUAUGCUGCAAAAGAUGACCCGUUUGAACAUGCUUGAGGUACGACCCCAGCUCAACUCUGAGUUGGCUCAGUUGGAUAUGCAAAUGGCUUCCUUUGAUGAGCGCCUGGAACCUAUGGCUCUACUGGAUUCAGGGGCGACCCACCCGUUUCGUCGACUUCCACCAGUACAUGAGGAUGGUUUGCAUCCCGCGCAGGUCCAGUUAGCGGACGGCAAGGCCAUAACCUUACAGCAAAAUCGAGCAGGGACCUUGAUGCCGUUGAAGGAGGCUGUGGCUCAGGAGGAGGGUGCUACAACUAUAGUUCCUUUGGGGACAUUAGUCCAGGAGUUGGGAUGUACCGUGAACUGGGACCGGAAGGGCUUACAUGUGCAUCAUCCUCGGCACGGAGUUAUCUCUACGCACGUGGCGGGCUCCUGCCCAUUCAUCGGCGAGACCAAGGCGCUGGAGCUAAUUGGAGAGAUCGAGACCCGAAAGCUCGAACAGCUCAAGCUGAAGACUGUGCAGACUCAACUUAUGAUGAUUGGAGUCGAGGCCGAGCUGGGUUAUGAUGUUCGAAUGAAUGAGUACCGGCGUACAGGUUCAAGAACGGAGGGCCUGAAGGCUUUGAUGGCAAAGGACUCGGUGUUUGGAGAGCUCUCGGAGGCCCAACGGUGCAUGCUGGUGCAGGACAUUGACUUGAGUGACGAGGCCGGAAAGCGCUACUUGAAGGCCCUACCUAUUCGCCGAGCGAUGCGAAGGAGAUUGUUGAGCACCAAGUGGUUGGUCAAUCUGUGCUCCGGAACCGGGGGCCAAGGGGGCUUCAAGGCUCUCGAGAGUGAGAACAUCACCCUGCUGGAUGUAGACCUAAAGCUGAGUCGAGCCUUCAACUUGAGGGAGCCAAGCGUUGCUUAUCGUGCGCUGCUUUGGGCUGCAAUGAGGGGUCAAUUGGAGGGCGUUUUCGGGAGUCCACCACGGGGAGAAGGAGCGCAGCCCAAUGGGGCACAAUAUGAAGGUGGAGACCGAGAUGCACCUGAGCUUUAUCUCCUGAAGGCCCUAGAACCCCCUGAGGACGAGACGUUGGAUGAUGCGUUGCUUACUCUGACAGAGAACCAAAACCAGCUGCUUGAAGAUUUACAAGAAAGGGCCGAGCGACUGAGGUUCAUGAUUGAGGAGGAGGAGAUCCUUGCUGAAGAAUGCCGUCGAGCGGGGCAGCAAACUUCCGAGGAGGUGGAGAAUGUGCGAGCCUACUUGGAUGACAUGAUGGACGAGGCGAAUCUCCUAAGGACUGUGAACCACGCCAAGGCCACCGACGCAUGUCUGAAGGCAAUGAUCACGCACGAGGAGCCGGACUAUGAAAGGCUUCUGCAGAACCUAGAGGGUGACUUAGAAGUAGUACAUACGGUGCCUCUUGAUCAAGUACGAGCGGCCUUGGACAAUUGGAUGGAAGCACUGGAAAAGGAGGUGAAUCAGCUCCUGGAGGGUACAUUGAAACCAAUGCCCUUAUCCAGGGCAAGGGAGCUCGAGAAAAAGGGGCUCCUCAAGCUGGUACCCUCAAAGGGGGUUUAUAUCCUCAAACCACCGUCGGUGAAGGGCAAGAAGGUCAGACGCAAGUUUCGUCUCGUUCUUUGUGGAAAUCAUGUGGGACGAGAUGACGAAGCUUUCAACCUUUAUGCAAGUGGAGUCAGUGCUGACACGGUCCGGUUGGCAUUAGCUUUUGCGGCCCAUCGGCGAUGGUCCGGAGGCACUUCAGACGUGACUGGGGCCUUUUUAUUGGCGGAGUGGCCAGAUCAUCUAGCACGUUAUGCCAUUUUCCCUCCGAAGGUGUUGGUCGAAGCUGGAUUAGCGCGUGCUGAUGAGGCUUGGGAGGUCAUUCGGCCUUUAUACGGCUUGCGAGAAUCACCGGCCAUCUGGGCCAAGUGCAGAACAGAUAGGCUGAGGGAAGCAAAGAUUGCCUAUCAGGGCCGGACUAUCGCACUGAAGCAGUCAGUUGGGGAUCCUGAGCUAUGGCUUGCUUUCGACGAGGACGAGGUCAUGCGGGCGAAGUCCCUGAUUGCAGCACUGCACUCCUGGGUACAAGAAGCUUGGCCGUGUAGCGAGCUCGAGUGGGCAGACAGCAAGGGCUACAUCCGCGAGUUGCUAAGAGCCUACGACAUGGAGGAGACUUUGUCAACGAAGCUGCCCUGUCCGCGCGAAUGGCUUGGAGAGGAUUCGGAAGAAGAAAACUACACCGUGCAAGAGCUCAAGCAAGGACAGAAGGCGGUUGGGGAACAGUUGUGGUUGAUGAUGAGGUGCCGCCCUGACUUGCAGUUCCCGGUCGGAUACCUCGCCGCCAAGGUCAGUAAGCAGCCCAACCGGGUGGUACAGAUUGCGAAAAGACUCCUCGCUUACCUCAAGGCAACGGUUUCAAUGAAAAUGGUGAUUGGUGCAACAAGGCCGGAGACCGAGCUACCGAACAUGGCCGCGUGGAGCGAUGCAAGCUUCUCACCACAUGGUGAAAAGUCUUAUGGGGCUUCAGUGGUGACUAUCAAUGGUUCGCCGAUAGCGUGGAAGGCUUCCAAGCAGGCUUUCGUAACACUUUCUGUGAUGGAAGCAGAACUGCUGGAAGCUUCUACGGCAACGCUGCUCAUGGAGAACAUCGGAUGCCUGCUGGACGAGAUCUGUGGCAGCCGCGUGGAGCGUAAGCUGUUCGUGGACAACGCUUCGGCAGUGGCAAUGCUGGUGGGAGGACCGGGUUCUUGGCGAACCCGCCACCUCAAGGUCCGAAGUGCAAGACUACGGGAGCAGGUCGAGGCCCAGGAGUUGGCGGUGAACCAUGUGAAUGGCACAGCACAGAUAGCCGACCUGGCUACCAAAAUGCAUCCAAAAAUGCGCCUGUGGGAGUUGCUGUCAAUGUGGGGUUUUGAGGGUCUCCCUGGAGAUGCGGUCGAAGCCCUUCAAUCUAAGGCUACCUACUUGGCAUGUUUGGUGCUGGCUAUGAUGUGUCAGCCAACAGAAGCGAAGGAAGUUUCAGCGGCCUCCAUCCAAGUGGCAGGCAUGGACGAGCUACUGUUGGUCACCGUGUUGGUUUGUAUAGCUACGGUCGCCGUCUGGGAAGCUGCUAAGUGGGCCUUCCAAUGCGUGAAGAGGGCAUGCAAGGAGAGCCCGAAACAAGGAAGCUUCGCAGAUUGCGAGAAGAAAACAGAGCAGCAGCUGAGGAGGAGGUGGAUCGAGCAGUGA